GUGUGUGUGAUGAUGUGUAUAUUUCUCUGUCAGUGCAUGUAAACUGCAGAAAUUAUGUGUGAACUAAAAGCAUAAAUACACGCAAAACAUACCCAGAUUGUGAAUAAAAUAGAUCAGCACGCUUAAUUUGACAUUGUGCAUGUGUGCAGGUGUUAAAUGAGUUCAUGCAACGGCAGAAAUAAACUUGCACAACAACAGGGAUCAUGCUGAUGGGAGGAGUAACGUCAGGACAGCAAGCCUGAAAAACAAGUUCCGCAAAGCCUCCGAUCCAGUCUGCCUCUCUCCCUGCAGCCCGGAGCAGCAGAUCUGUGCCCCCUGAGCCACCGCAGCAUUCCUGGGAGCCGUCUCACCUCUCGGCUUACACUUUUACCUUGUUUUUAUUCGAGCAGCAGCAGCGGUGAGUCGCGGAGCCUCAGAGUCCGGGUGUCGAUGAUGGAUGCUGCAGCGGAGAGCAGCGCCGCGGGGAGCCGGCUGGAGAGGAGCAGCCACACGGCCUUCAUAGACAACAACACGCUGCAUGUGUGGGGAGGCUACCAGGUAGUUUCUGGCGAGGACGUGGUGUUGCCCAGUGACGAGAUAUGGCUCUGUGAUUUAGACAGCGGGACGUGGGAGCGACGGGAGAUCACCGGAGACAAACCUCCGGACCUGACGGGCUCCUGUGGGGCAAACAUUAACGGCACGUUCUACAUCUUUGCAGGCUGCGACUCUGAAGGAUACACGAACCAGAUGUUCAGCGUCGACCUCACGGAGCCGAGCUGCUCGUGGAAGAAAGUGACGGACACCAAGGGAACAACGCCCUCGCCACGAAACAAACACUCCUGCUGGGUCCACAGAGAGCGAUUAAUCUACUUUGGUGGUUAUGGAUGUAAGACAGUCGGCGAGGUGCAGAACACGUCGACGUCCAGCUUCGUUAUGGACGAAAUGUCCUGGAUAACAAUUGGAAACACGUUAUUUCGGUGCUGGGGCUGGAACAAUGAAGUCAGUGUUUUCGACACACAAUCGGCUACGUGGAGCACGCCAGAGACCCGGGGUCCUGCUCCGCCCCCCAGAGGCUGCCACGCCAGCGCCCUGCUGGGGGACAAAGGCUACAUCUCUGGAGGCGCGGAAACUGCCCAGCUGGACAUGUUCUGCUUGGACCUGCAGACCUGGACCUGGACUCAGUUUGACGUCUCUACGUCCGGCGCUCCUCUGGGCCGCUCGAUGUUCAGCAUGACGCCCACAUCAGAUCACAUGCUCUUCAUAUACGGCGGCCUCGGCACAGACGGAAACACUCUCAGUGACGCCUGGACGUUCAACACACAGAAGAGAGAGUGGAACCAGGUCACGCACCCACACAAGGACAAGCCCAGAGUGUAUCACUCUGCGUGUCUGGGGAAAGACAACGACGUCGUGGUGUUCGGGGGCAGCAGCAACAUGUGCUUCCUCGUGGACUCGGUGGCCGUCCUGAGAGCUCCGUCAGAAAACCACUGCAGAGACGUGUUCAUGUUCCAGACGCAGCCGUACUCCCUCUUCAGAUUGUGUGAAGACUUUAUAGGAAGAAACCCGGAGCUGUUUGGGAAUUACCUGAAGUUUCUUCCAUCAAAAAUACACGACAAACUCAACAAGCGAGUGGCGUUCUUCUCCGCUGUCACAACUUAAAGACUGUUUGUUUAUUUUAGAAUCUGAGCCAGUCAGAAGUAACAACUGUUUAUUUUUUUUCUCUGUCGGGAAUAAGUGUUUUUGUUUUGUGUUUAAUGAUCUAAAAAAGCUGCUACAGUUACAUUGUUUUAACUUAAGAAGCAUAAUGUGUUAAUCUAUUUUAAACUAGUUUAGAUUCAGUAAUAUUUUACUUAUUAUAUAGUUAUUUGAUGAUGUGCAAUCUGUUUCUGAAUAAAGGUGUUGAUAUGUUCUAUA